AUGUUUGUUCAGGUGCCAUCAAUAACUGUUGAUCCGCCGUCCGAUGAUGGAAAAUCGAAUGCGAGUGAUGAUGAAGACAAUUAUGAUGAUCUGAAAACUGCGAAAGGCGAUGAACCGAAGGAGCUCAACGAUAAAGAAAAAUCCGCCAACGACUUGUUACAUGCAGUUGGAAAAAUUUUACAAGUACAGCGUGGUGGAAUAGCUGCGCUUUAUCAAAGAAACCUGGACAGUCCGAAUGCACCGCUUGGCAAAAUCCUCCAGUCCCUGCUUUUCCGAGAUUAA